UAUGGACUAUUAUUUGUUUUCUCGCAACCCAUCAUUCUCUGCAUCUUUUACCACACUGUAUUUGUAACGCCAGCUCUCUCUGUCCUUUCCUGUUUAUCUUCUUUCUUCUUCUUCUUCUCAUUUCAAUCGUCUGAGAUUGCUCAACACCUGAGAUUCUUGCUCGGACAAAUCUCUACUUCAAAUUGGAUUGUUUUGGUCGAGAAUCGAGAGAGAGAAAGUUUUCAAGUUGUUCGAUACAAUCCAAGUAUUGUGAGUGUACACCUACAAGGAUCGAGGUUGUUGUACCCUAGAGGGUAGGCCGUCAUCACUUGCUACACCGAGAUAUAAUCUCCGAAGGGCGGACAUCUACUCUUAAGGGCAGUGUACCAGACGCCUCAACCUGCAAGUUCUUACUCAAAGCAUCAUCCAUCUCCAGAAUUUCCAACAGAACAACAACCAUGAUUCGAAGGACUGCAGGCUUGAGUAAGCUGGUUCAAUCUGUUGGAGUUGGCUCUUCGUCAUCUUUGCCAACCAAGCAGCUUAGAGAUCACCGCUGCUUUGGAUCAGGGGCUGCUUCUAACGCAGAACAAGCGUGUGAAGCAUCUGUGUGCAGUAAAUUUGGUAAGAAUGAGUAUGCUGAUGUGGAUUGGGAUAAUCUUGGAUUUGGUCUAGUGCCAACUGAUUACAUGUACAUGAUGAAAUGUUCCAACAACGGGAUAUUCGAACAAGGCCAACUUAAUCUUUAUGGAAAUAUUGAACUAAGCCCUGCUGCUGGAGUUUUGAAUUAUGGCCAGGGUAUAUAUGAAGGGAUGAAAGCAUUCAGGAAAGAAGAUGGCAAUCUCCUUAUCUUUCGUCCAGACCAGAAUGCAAUGCGAAUGAAGAUUGGUUCAGAAAGAAUGUGCAUGCCCUCGCCAUCCCUUGAUCAAUUUAUCGAUGCUGUGAAGCAAACUGCUCAAGCUAACAAGUGUUGGGUUCCCCCUCCAGGAAAAGGGUCUUUAUAUAUUAGGCCUCUACUUAUAGGAAGUGGUCCUAUAUUAGGUUUAGGCACAUCGCCUGAAUACACAUUCCUUGUAUACGCUUCACCAGUCCGCAACUAUUUCAAGGAGGGUUCUGCACCUUUGAGCAUAUACGUCGAGGAGGAAUAUGAUCGUUCCUCUCGUGGUGGGGCUGGAGGUGUCAAAAGCAUCACCAAUUAUGCUCCAGUUUUGAAGGCACUGCUCAGAGCAAAGAGCCGAGGAUAUUCUGAUGUGUUAUAUCUAGACUCGGUAAAUAAAAAGAAUCUGGAGGAGGUCUCUUCUUGUAACAUUUUCAUUGUGAAGGGCAAUGUUAUUUCAACUCCUACAACGGCUGGGACUAUACUAUCAGGGGUAACUCGAAAAAGCAUCAUUGAAAUCGCUCGCGAUCAUGGUUAUCAGGUUGAGGAGCGUGCAAUUCCGGUAGAUGAACUGAGUGAAGCUGAUGAAGUAUUCUGUACAGGAACUGCAGUCGGUGUUGCUCCUGUGGGAAACAUUACAUAUAAAGAUAGAAGGAUGGAAUACAAAACAGGUGUUCAAACUGUUUGUCCACAGCUCUACUCAACUCUCAUAGGAAUUCAAACGGGUCGUAUUGAGGAUAAGAAAGGCUGGAUUCUUGAAAUUGAUUAAUCUUCGUUUCCAAGUAGAGUGGAAUAAGAUGUACAUUCAGUUUAGAACCACGGUUGUUGCCCAUCAUUUUCUUAAGCUUUUCCAUUUUAUCAUUUCAUUGUCUAA